AGCCGAACACCGGGGAAGCCCGGCAGAAACUUUGGCCGACGCGGAGCGUUUGAGGCCUCGCGUCUCGCCAUGGAGAAGGGGCCCCGAUGCUUUGCCAAACAGGCGCUGCUGGUGGCCUUGAUCUUGGAGAUCCUGGCGCGGCGCGGCGCCCUUUUGGCAAUAGCUGCCGCCCUCGCCUUCUGGGGCAGUUCCACUUGGCCGGAUACCAGGCAGUCAAUUUGGGAGCUGCUCCGGUCCCGUCAGCCCCACAGCCUUUGGCGACAGGUAGUUCUUCUAGUGCUCUCAGCAGAUGCCUUGAAGCCGGCGGCGGCGCGGGCAUUUGCAGUAGUGCUGGCAUCGCGGCUGUACCUCCCUAGCGCCCAGGCAGUCUUCGAGGCGAUGCCUCGGAUCCGGCGCCGGGGCCUGGAGCGCUUGCUGAUGCUGGCGCUCUGCGUGGAGGCUUUUGGCAGGCUCAGUCGCCUGCUUCUUCUGCUGGCUCUCGUAUUCACAUCGGUGCUUCUUUUGCACCUUGCACGGCACCGCCUCACACAGUGGGCGGCAGCAGCAAAGGCGUUCCUGGCGCGGCCGGUGAGCUGGAACGAGGCCGACCCCUGGCUUUCGCACAGCUUGCCCUGGGCAGCGCAGAUGGCCUUGCUAGAUUCCAACGACUUCAGGCACUCCGCCGAAGACGCCGACGACGCGGCGGACAAGACAAGAACGCUGCUUUGGGCAGGUGCUGAAAAGGGUACUGCGGCUGUCCAGAUGCUCUGCCGAGGGGCCUUGCGGUUAUGGCUGGCCCUCUCCAAAGCGUUGGCAGCAGCGAAAAGCCAAGGCCCAUUCAUCCUACAGGGCCUUGCCCACGGCGCCGGCGCAGCUUGUCAGCUCUGCGAGCAAGGCCUCGAGCAGCUACGAAGCGCGUCCGAGACAGGUCGAGGCCGAGGUCGGGCUCGGCGAACCUUGAGGCACCGAGAUGAGACACCUACAGGACGCGCACAAAGGGAGAUCAAGGCCAAGUGCACCCGUGCGGCCCGCAAACGCUGGAACGCCGAGGCAGAUGCAGCAGACGCGGCGAAGGCACUGGAGGCGCGGAAACCUCUGAAGUAGCGUGACAGGGCCAAGCAAGUUCGUCUUGACUGAGACGCGCGCACCGGAACGAAUCACUGCUGUGCAAGCUAUGUGUCGCAAGUUUCAGCCCGGCUCCGCGCGAGAUAUAGCGAUAGCCUUUGCACUU